AUGAGAGUGGCGGCUCGGGAAGACGAGCGGGUCGGCAGUGCCCAAUGGCGGAGGGUGGGGCGGAGCAGGCCCACGCUUUGGGACCCGGGUCUAGAGGCUGCUGCAGCAGCAGCAUCGCCAACUCUGGUCUCAGCCUUAGCCCCAGCAUGGUGGGCUCCAACACCCGGCAGCGGCAGCAGCUGCUCCAGAAGCUGCAGACCAGCAACCAGCGUUUCACGCAGCUCAUGGGGGCACUAGUGGCCAAGUAUGACCGCCCCUUCGAAGAAGACAAGCUGGUGCACAUCGCCACGCUGACUUAUAGAGCUCCAGAAGGGCUGAAACUAUGGGGCGGAAAAAGAGUAACCCAAAGAAUCUUCCAGUCUAUCCAGAUGAACCUGGAGGAAGAAGGGUACCUUUCAGACGGCGCCACGCAGAGAACACGAUGCUCCGCUUUGAAUAAACUGCCUCAGAGGCCCGGAUGUCUGGCACAGCGAGAUGCUGAAAGCAAUGGGGUUGAUGCAACUUUGGUUCAAAGAAAUGAUAUCCACUUGAAGAAGAAUGACAGCCUUCCAAGUCUUCCAGAACGCGAGCUCUACAAGGAUUGCUUGACCCGAGUGGAUGUUAUCCUGGAGGAUGACCACCCCAGGCUAAUCACGUUUGACAGUUUCAGCAGGAGGAAGGACCGAAAUGCUCCCUGCGACUUUUCCCCAGAGGAGAAGGCCAAGCCUGUGCUCGGGGACGGCGCUAACAGCCCCUGGAGGACUUCUGCGACGCCACCGGAGCCACCCUCAGGCCUCCGAGGUCCCCAGGACACGCGCGUGAUGCCCGCGUCCCACAAUGGAAGCCUGUUGGCCCGCAGGAGGGCCCUGUGGGGUGAAAGCCCUUGGGGCGAUGAAGACUCUGCCCUGGACAUCACCCUGGGGGACGUUUACGCAGAGAUGCUCUAUUCCCUGUGCAAGUGUUUGCCGUCGCAGAAGGUGGGCCUUGUGUCCACCAACAAGUACAUUUCCAAAGGCUGGUUCGCUAAGAAGAGGAGGCUUAAUAUCACGUUUAUGAUGGAAAAUAGCUUUUUAAAGAUGCAUAAGAAAGUCCAUAUUAUGCCAGGUGAGAAAAAUAGUUUAGUUUGCCGGAAGGAAGAUAAGGCGGUCUUUGUGCCCCGUUCUGGGGCCGCCGGCGGGGUCAAGGACCUUGAAUCGUUAGCACCUGGCCCCACCUGCUUCCAAGGUGUUUCUUCCCCUGUGGAAGCUCUGAGGGGGCGGCUGCACAAGCUUUCUACUUGCGAAUCUCCCUCUAAGCCCGGGGAUGCGAGGCGGGCACUCCCCAGGCCCCAGGCUCAGGUGGCUCCCGGGUUGUCUCUGCCCCCCUCUCUGACAAGUGCAAAGGACAGGUUCUACCCUUCGCAGCAGGUUGCCCCUGGAGGGGAUAUUUUGCUUCAGGGAAGGCAUCUGUACAGAUCAUUUGUGCCGCUGAGUUCUCUCCAAACCCCCAAGAAGUUUCCUGUGUCCUGUGAAAGACUUUGUCUGGAGCCAUCUACCUCUGACGCCUCGGAAGCACGCCUGAAGACUGUCUUUCCGAGGAAUCAAGUUACAAAGGCGAAAAAGUCCUUGCUGUUUGGUUCGGAUCAGACACCCUGCAAAGCCCAGGAUACAAUAGACUGCAUGUUUGACACCUAUUCCCAAGAAACCUCUCGGUGGGCACAGGAACUUCUAUUCCUUAAGAAAUCGGGGCAGCAAUCCAAAGGGCUGCCUCAGAGCAAAUGCAAGUAUUCCCUGGAAAGUUUAGGCCCCAAGGAUGGUCCCCCGGAGCCACAGAAAGCAGCCACCCCUGUGGGCUUUGCCAGGAGCUCCCCCUGUAAGACCGCCUUACCUGGAGCCAUGCUGAAAGGAGACUUUUCCUCCCCGACAAAAAGGCGGAAAGUGUCCAGCUUCCAGACGUGGGAUUGUUUCAGCUCUUCGAAGACGAGAGAUUUGGCGACCCUCGACGGCAGGCGUCCUCCCAUCGGCUCCGGGGACUCCCCCCGGGGCACCUUCGCGACAUCCAGGCAGUCCGGCGCCCGUCCCUUCUACCAAGGAGUCGCCUGUGAGAGCUCAGCCCAGGUACCGAGCUGGCGUGCGUCUGCUCCAUCCUUUAGCGCUGACAGAGCUUCCCCGGAGGGCCUGAAGAGGAGAGGCCUGGUGUUUGGGAGGCCCUGACGGGACGCGGCGCCGGAGCUGGGAGAGCCUCGAUCCGGACUCCUGUCGCCGCCGAUGGGCCUCCGUCUUCUGUUUGCAGAGCGCGGGGAAGGGCUUCCUCGACGGUUUCUCAGGUCCGCAGAACUGCAGAUGGACCUGGCCUGCUCCUGGGCCAGGUUUCUCCUUUGCUGCAGAGGAAAACAGCCAUUUCCAAAGUUGUUUUUAUCCCCAGCCCGGCUGGGCUAUUCUCCCUCUUCCUGUUCUAAAGAGCGCUGCAGGGCCUGCUACAUGGGGCCUUGCAGCAGCCUUGUGUCAGCCUCCCUUUUUGAAUAAGACUUUUUUAAAAGCCCGGCGUCACCUCCCACAGGCCCAACCCCAGGCAGGGGGAUGUGCGUGGGAAGUGAGGUGCUGGGGCUGAUUGUUCUCAGUUCAUCCUUGCGGAGUUUGGUGUCGGGCCUUGUUUCAAGGCUGCUCGUGAAGGUUUGUCAAUAAAGUGUAUUUCUCAUG